UUGUGAGGUUGGCAAUCAAAUGGUUUUGAAUUUAUGGCUGUUUCUUUCUUGUUAGUGUAGAUCUUAUACAACAUUCGGCUUUUCUCUUUGAUGAAAACACCUUUACUGCAGCUUUUCAUCUCAUCUUUUCCGGCAUUGAUAAUAGGAGCUCAUCACUUUUUAGUAGUAUAAAAUGGAAAAUGAGAUAGAACUUCCACUUCAAGCUUCUUAUCCAGAUAACAGAAGGGAGGUUGGAAAGAAAUCGCAAAACAACGGUAGAAACAGUAGAACAUCGCAAGACGCCUGCGUUGUUCAAGUAGAUGAGACAGUUCCCAAUACUGCAUCAGUGAGAUCAAGUCCUGUUCUUCCUUCCGUUAUUUCACGUGCGAUGAGAAAAACGUAUGAAGAGGGCGAUGAGUCAGAAGUUGACGAAGUAUAUUCACCUUUUCAGUCGCAUCAAUCACAGCUUCAGCAACAACAACAACAACACCAUUUAGAGGUGUUAUACCAUAAUCGACUCAAUAAUAGUAAAACGAUAGAAAUGAGCGCUUUGAACGCAUAUAUGCAGAAUACCAGUACAGAUGAUUUGAUUACUUCGACGGAAGAGGGACAUGACUUGGAACGCCAGCUUACUGCAAAAUUAGAUGAUUUAUUAGACAGCAGCAACAAUAAUAAUAAUGCCAGUAGUAUUGAAAGGCCAAAUUACCCCGGAUCAAGACGCUUCAGUUUAUAUGGAGAAAACGUAAAGGAUCCUUCAAUAGUUAACAAGAGUAUCGACCGCUAUACGUUCUAUUUAACUGAACUAGGAUCAAUCAAAAGUCGAUCUUUAAAGCAAUUACUUCAGACACCAACCGGUAAACAGCAAGGAAAAACAGUUGCAGAUUUACUUGUGCAAAGCACAAGCUGGUGGAUCGAUAUAUUUGCCCCAUCCAAUGAUGAAAUGCGUACUCUGAGUAAAAUCUUCAAAAUUCACCCAUUGACAACCGAAGAUAUUCAAGCACAAGAAGCACGCGACAAAUGUGAAAUUUUUCAAAAUUACAUGUUUAUCAGUUUUCGAAGUUUCAAUCAUGAUUUUCAUAGCUCGGAAUAUUUGGAAGCUGUCAGUUUCUAUAUUGUUAUUUUCAAGGAUGGUGUCUUAACGUUUCGAUUUCAAGAUUUACCUCACCCUCAUAAUGUGCGAAAGCGCAUACAUCAACUGAAAGAUUUCAUCAAAGUAACCCCUGAAUGGAUCAAUUAUGCUCUUAUUGAUAACAUUACAGACAGUUUUGCACCCCUUAUACAACAGACAGAAAUUGAAGUAGACUCCAUCGAUGACCUUGUUCUCGUGCUUAAUGGUUCUGAGCAGUCGGAUAUGUUACGACGUAUUGGCAGUUGUCGAAAAACUGUCAUGCAGCUAAUCCGGUUGUUGGGUCCGAAGGCGGAUGUUGUACGCAGUUUGAUCAAACGUUAUGAAGAUGAGAAGAUCAAGGAAGAAAAGAAACAGAUAAAUGGACUCAUAAGUCAAGUGCCUUCACGUAUGAAUAUGGCACAACAAGCCCAGCAACUCAACGACGAAAACACUAUGAUGGAAGCAGAUGAUUCAAAUGAAAAGGAUGAAGAAAAAGUACACCAUGAAGUAACACUUUAUCUGGGAGAUAUUCAGGACCAUAUUUUGACCAUGUUACAGAAUGUCAACCAUUAUGAUUUAAUUCUGGGACGAGCGCAUAGAAACUAUUUGGGACAGAUUUCUAUCGAACUUUCGCAGGCAGGCAAUACGACGAAUGAAGUUAUCAACAGAUUGACAUUUUUUGCGACAAUCGUGGUGCCUCUAAAUCUGGUGGGUGGUCUGUUUGGUAUGAAUGUACAUGUGCCUGGACAAGACAAUACCGAUCUAGUCUGGUUUUUUUGGAUUGUAUUAGGUAUGCUCGUGUAUGUCGUUAUUAUGGUUGCCGCAGGGAAAAGGUCUGGUUUUCUGUAAAUAAUUCCUUCUUAAGUUGUACUUUGUUGCCUUCCAAUCAUCAAUUAUUUCACAAUCUAAAUUGGUAUAUAUUAUUGCUGAUUGUUAAGUUCCUUGUUUAUUAAAGUUUUGCAAAUCCAUAUGUCUAUGAUGAUCAAUAAUAAUGUUCAUUUUACUGUUUACGGAUGAAAUAUUUAAUAAGGAAGCUUCUGAGAAGCUUGAGUAUAGUUUUGCUCAUCUUACUCUUUGCCUGCAACUCUGAAUAUCCCGGACCACAAACAUUUGAAUAAAAGAUGGUCAGUUCUUACAUCUUCGGAAGACACAAACCUACAUUUAACUCCUCUUCAGCCUUAAAUCAAGAUAUUUUGAUGUUGAAAAUGUUGGAUUUAAG